AUGUCAGGAGUAGGCCAAUUCAUUCGCGGUCAACUUUCAACCCCGCCAAAACCACAGGUCGAUUUGACAGGACGGACCAUCUUGGUGACGGGAGCGAAUUCCGGGCUAGGCCUCGAGGCUGCCAAAUUGUUGGCGCAAUUAAAUUGCGACACUAUCGUCCUUGCAUGCCGAAGCCUUACAAAAGGGGAAACGGCCAAGCAGACCAUUCUGCAGUCAAUCUCCAGCAGCUCCGGGGGACGUCCACAGGCGACGUUUGUUGUCUUUGAACUCGAUCUGUGCUCCUUUUCGAGCGUGAUAGCCUUUUCAGAGCGAUGCAAGGAUCUCCCAAGGCUUGAUGCCGCAAUUCUCAAUGCAGGCGUUGAUCUCCAAGAGUUCACGCUAGCGGAAGGCUAUGAAACGACUCUGACUGUGAACGUGAUCUCCACAUUCCUCCUGGCUACGCUGCUCAUCCCCAUCAUGCGCGGUUCCGCGAAGAAGUACAGCAUCACGCCCACCCUCGCCAUCGUCGGAUCAGCGGUCCAUUUCGCGGCCAACGACAAGGACCUAGCCACUCCUGCCGAGGGACAGAUUUUCAAGACGCUCUCGGAUCCUAAAAAGGCAGAUAUGAAGGGUCGCUAUUUCCUCAGCAAACUCCCCGUCAUGCUGUUGGUGAAACACCUAGCGUCGAAGUUGACAAAGUCUGCCGAACAGGACCCCAAUAACAAAGCCUUGAUAGUCGUCAACAAUGUUGCGCCGGGACUCUGCAAGACCAAUCUGUUUCAGACCCACGCGGAUACGUCUACCCAAAGUCGUGCUCAGCAUCAUCGGGCGAUCGAGCCAGCAUGGAGCGCGGACGUUGGUGCAUGGUGCUACGGCGGGAAGAGAGACUCAUGGGCAGUAUUUGAGCGAGUGUCGGGUCAAAAAGUAUAG